GCUAUAAACACAGAAACCAGAUUUUAGCGUUUAAUAUGCGACUGGAACCAACUUGCCCGUAUGAACACACGUGUUUACGCGACGCCUUACCAAAUAGCAAUGUUGUUCCUAUAGUGCACGAGACACUUAAAUAGGCUCAAUCCCGUCUGGUUUGUAGGAAGCAAAGUAUGCAUUGUGUUGAAACUUCCACAUGUAUUUCUGUUUUUAUCGGCAUGCAUGAAACAGUUAAAUUAUACAGUGGAUUUCGGCGACGGGGAAGUGAAAUCGGAGUUGCUAGUUCCUUAUUUGCGUAUUUUGUUGGCUUUGAGGCUGCAGUACGCGAGCAAAGAGACUCGAGCAAAGGAGACGGUGGUGCUGGAAGAGUAAAUGCCUUCGUUUGCAAGUUUAUGAAUAUAUAGAAAGACAAAAUCUGGCUUUGAAACGAUGCAUGCCCCACGCUCCCUCCUCCUCCUGCCGGCGAUCAUAAUGUUCCAUUUCAUGACGGGCCAACACAAUUGCGCGGCCACCCAGAAGAAGACCUCCUGCCAGGUGCAGGGCGGCAGAGCCGACUGCAGCCACCUGCGCCUCAAGGCGGUCCCUCCCAACCUUCCCAGGAACAUCACCGGCCUGGACGUGUCUCACAACGACCUGAGGGCGCUGCCCACCGGGUCGCUGGCCCCGUACCCGCUCCUCCUCCACCUCAACGUCAGCUACAACAGCAUCACCAAGCUGGACCAGGCUGUGUGCCGGACGCUGCCUCUGCUGCAGACGCUGAACAUGGAACACAACGUAGUGCAUGUGCUGAGUGAGGAGGACGUGAGCCACUGCACCAAUCUAACGCGGUUGAUUAUGGCGAGUAAUAAGCUGUUGCUUCGCGGGGAGCCCUUCUCUGCACUGCAGAGCCUGAGAGUUCUGGACGUGUCCAUGAACAAACUGGAGUCGGCCAAGCUGGGCUCCCGGCCUCAGCUGCCCAAUCUCGUGAGCCUCGAUCUGGCGUUCAACAGCUUCACCUCUCUGAAGAAAGACGACUUCUCGUUCCUCAGCCAUUCGCCGUUUCUGCAGGUCCUCAACAUGUCAUCCGUGUCGCUGAAGAAGUUGGAGCCCGGUUGCUUUCAGCCCAUUUCAGGCCUUCGUACUUUGAUCAUGGAUGGAAGCAACAUGGGCACGCAGGUUAUUUCCAAACUCUGCUCGGAGUUGUCCGCGACAGCCAUCGACAGCUUGUUUCUCCGGAAGACGAAGCUGAUCACGCUCACAAACGCAACCUUUAAGGGGCUGAAGGAAACAAAUCUAACCUUUCUGGAUCUGUCGCGUAACGACAUGGAAAAAAUUGAUGGAGGCGCAUUUCGUUGGCUGUCCAGACUUCACACUCUAAUUUUGACAGACAACAACAUCAUGCUCCUGACCGAGGACACAUUUAAGGGACUCGACAGUUUGAGAAGUCUCCAGUUGACGAAAGCUCUCGUGAAAAGGCACGCCACCCCGGUCAUCAAGGAUUUCUCCUUCCGACCCCUGAGCGCCCUGGAGAGUUUGAUAUUGCAAAGAACCGCCGUUCAUGACAUCACAGAGAACACAUUUACAGGCUUGUCAAGUCUCCGGGAGCUGGAUAUGAGCUGGAGUAGCUGCGUCUCGCUCAGAAACAUCAACAACAAGACGUUGGUCUCUCUCGCGGGAUCGCCUCUCUUGAAGCUGAAUCUAACGGGCACGGCGAUAGCGCAGAUUCAUCCCGGAAGCUUCUCCUUCUUGAGAAACCUCACCACUCUCCUCCUGGACUUCAACUUCGUCAAGCAGACCCUCACUGGCGAAGAGUUUGAAGGCCUGAACAGAGUCGAAGAAUUGCACAUGUCCAAUAACCACCAGACGGUCAAUCUAAACUCCAGGUCCUUUGUGAAUGUUCCCAAUCUGAGGGUCCUGAAUCUGGGACAAAGUCUCAAAGCCGAAGCGGUGAACAUGGAUCCCUCUCCGUUCAGACUCCUGCUCAAACUCACCUUCCUGGAUCUCAGCAACAACAACAUUGCCAACUUCCGGGAGAAUAUGCUGGAGGGGCUCGUGAACCUGAAAGUGCUGAGGCUCCAACACAACAACUUAGCCCGCUUGUGGAAGACCGGCAACCUCGGGGGGCCGGUGUUGUUCCUCAAACACGCACAGGGCUUGACGACCUUACUGCUGGACAGCAACGGGCUGGACGAGAUCCCGGCGGAGGCUCUGAGAGGCUUGAGUCGCCUCCGUGAAAUCAGCCUGGGCAACAACGACCUCGACAGUCUGAAGGAUUCCAUUUUCGAUGACCUGAGCUCGCUGCGGGUUUUCGAUAUGCAGAAGAAUCUGCUCACCGCCGUGAGGCCCGGGGUGUUCAAAGCGCCGUUGCGCAACCUCAGCCUGCUCCUCAUGACCAAAAACCCAUUCGACUGCACGUGCGAGAGCAUGCUGUGGUUCGCGACGUGGUUGAACGACACCCACGGGACGCGCGUGCCCGGUCUCCGGGACCAGUAUAUGUGCAACACGCCGCUGGCGUACUCCAACCGCUCCGUCAUGGAUUUCGACGGCCUCUCCUGCAAAGACAAGACCCCGUUUCAGGCUCUUUACAUCCUGAGCAGCGUCGCCGUCAUCGUGCUGACGGCGACGGCGCUCCUGGUGCGCUUCCACGGCUGGAGGAUCCAGUUCUAUUGGAACGUAUUGAUCAACCGCACGCUCGGGUUCAGCGACGCCAAAGCCGAAGAGGGCAGGGAGUUUGAGUUCGACGUCUUCGUCAUCCACGCCGAGAAAGACGCCGACUGGGUGGAGAGAAGGAUGGUGCCCUUGGAGAACGACUCGUGCCGGUUUUGUUUGGAGGAUCGGGAUUCGAUCCCCGGCGUGUCAAAGGUUCAAUCCUUCUUGGAUAAUACGAGGAAGUCCAGAAAGAUCUUGUACGUCGUCACUGAAGCUCUCCUCCGGGACCCCUGGUGUCACAGAUUUAAGGCCCAACAUGUCCAGCACCAGGUCAUUGAAGGCAGACGGGACUCCGUGGUUCUGGUCUUCCUGCAGGACGUCCACGACUACAAGUUGUCCCGCUCGCUCUUCCUCCGUCGGGGCAUGCUGCGUUCGUGCUGCGUCCUGGACUGGCCCGUCCACAAGGAGAGGGUGCCGGCCUUCCACCAGAAGCUCCUCAUCGCACUCGGCAUGACGAAUCGAUUGCAAGAGUGAAUGCGUUUCAUUUGUGGCAAUUGGACAUUCACUCUGGAAUAGUAUUUACCAACGUGUGUUUAAGUCACUGGAACCGACGGCGGAUUGUUUUGCCCUCGAAGUGAAUAUUGUGAUUACUCUAAAUAUGCACUCAGUCAAAUUGUAUUUACAUUGCAUUGCAGCUUAACAUUAACACAAAUGUAUUGAAAAGGUAACGAGCAAAAGGGGGUGUGGUGUAUGUGCGCCUGCAUACACAAAGCAUGUGGUCACAAGAGCUGGGUUUUUUAAAUAUUUAUUGUUUGGCUGUUCAUCAAGUUUUCCAAUGUUUCUGAAAGUGAGCAGUUACAUUUUGACAAUCCCUAUUUAUUAAUUUAAAAUGUACAUUUGUAUUGUUCAUUGCAACAUAUUUAGACGAAAAUAAUAUUUUGACUGCAGAUUUAAUGAUUUUAUCUCUCAAUCAAUACAACUUUGGCCCUUAGCUUGAACUAAAUAAAUAAGAUAUUUAAGGUUAUAUAUCUUUAUCUUGAUAUUUCAUGGCACAACUUUUAAAUGUAUUAUUUUUGCUGGAAAGUUCUUGUGGCAGUUAUUUGUCAGAUUUUUAUUUCAUAAUGGGUGCAUUGCAUUGAUCAAUCUUGGCAACUUUUUUAAAUUUUCUUUAAACGCAGGAAAUUAAUUUUCUUAUUUGUUCAGUUUACAGUUGACCGCCGAGCAUGAAAGCCUAAAUGCUUUCCUUAUGAUUUAUUACCUUUCGACAGUUCUCAAAUUGAAAUGUAUUGUGUGUAAAAAUACAGAAAUAAACAAUGUGGAAUUGUU